AAAAGGAGAAGAACCUACCCAUCCGGAAAGNNNNAUGAUAUCUCCUGUAUCAGGUGCCGAUUGCGUGAUAUUCUAUGAUUCCGAUUGGAACCCUGCAAUGGACCGCCAGGCCAUGGAUCGAUGCCAUCGUAUUGGUCAGACGCGUGAUGUACACAUCUUCAGGUUGUUGUCUCAUCAUACAAUAGAAGAGAACAUCUUCCAUAAGCAACUACAGAAGCGGAUGUUGGAUGAUGUUGUUGUGGAUGAGGGAGCCUUCACAACACAGACCAUUAUCAAAUGGACAGGUGUGGAUGUUGCUGACAUGCUCGAGGGAGUAGCUGAUGACUCUACUUCUACGGCUGAUCUACUCAAAAUGACGUCCAAUGAUAUCCAAGAGGCAAUGGAAGGAGUCGAGGAUGAAGAUGAUGUGAAGGCCCGUGAGAAAUUACUGCAAGAGCAACGUCAAGAAGGUAUCGAUCUCCAGCGGGAUUUUGAGGGCUCCACGAAGGAGCUUACGUCGUCUGAAUCGCCACCAGCAGUCUCACCGGAAGGAAGCAGUGUUAAUGAUGUGCUCCCCGUCCCCCAACUAUCCCCUAUUGUGCGAUACGCUAUCAGAUGCAUCACAGAGCAAUUUGAAGACCAGGAUGAGAGCAGCUCGAUAUCGGCGUCCGAGACGGAAUCGGUGUGGGCCAGCCAGGCAACAUCGUCUUCUUCAGAGGACAGUGACGAGGGGGUGGAGUCCCUUGCUGACAGCAGCAGCCUAUGAUGAUUAUCACAGUUAUAUUAUGUUUCAUCCG